ACUCAUACAAAAAAUACCGUGCAUAAAUUCUAUUAUUUACAUUUAAAUACGAGAAGCAUGUACUUCUCCAUUUUAGAAAAUAAUAUAUAAAAUAAAUAUAAAUAAAUAAAAUAAAAUAUAAUCUAUAUAUUUCAUCGUCUCCAGAGGUUGAACAAGAUGGAAAAAAGUGAAACAUUAUUUCAGAAAUGCCUUCUAUUAAUUAUUGAACAAGCUGAAUUACCUGUGACACUCUGCUAAUUCAUUCUAUUAUUUUCCCUCCCACCUUUAUAUUGCAAUCAUAUUUGCAGCAAUAUAUAAUUUUACUGCAUCCCGUAUGUGACUGCCAUUCUAUUCCAAUAAGUAAUUCAAAAUAAUAUCGACAUUAAUCGUGUUUCAUAUGAAAUGUGGGUUGCUCUUUUCCCACUGAAACAACCACUUGCAAAAUUGUUGUUUUCAUAACUGCAGUAUAUGAAAGUAAACAUACAUAUGGGAUAUUAUGAAAUAGAUAUGAACUUACUCUCUUUCCAUUUCUGUCAUUGUCAUUUUUAUGAGUGUGAUUACGACAACAGUUGAACAGCAUCAGAUUAAAAUUGGAUGGCAAACAAAAUGGCGUCAACAAAGGUUUGUCGGACGAUCGCCGCGUUUUUAUUUUGUCAUUAAUGAAUUGACAAACUUUGUCGGUUUACGUCGCAGGUGGGCCGUGACGUCACACGGGGUCGCAGCGCACCCAAAAAUAACAACACACACACACACACACCUCCGCGCUGAGGGGAGGAAGACGAUGACGACGGAGAAGAGGAUGAGGAUGAGGAUGAGGAGGAGAUUGCUGCCAUCGUGGGACUCCUCGAGCCUCGUGACGGACAACGCAAGUUCUAUCCCUUCAGAACUGAAAUAUGCGUACCGUGCGCCUAUAGAAACAACCUGAAAAGACGCACACUGUCAAGUCCAAAGUGGUUUUAAAUGAUGAUGAUGCAGGAGUCGGCCACAGAGACAAUAAGCAACAGUUCAAUGAGUCAAAAUGGAAUGAGCACCCUAAGCAGCAGCCAAUUAGAGGCUGGCAGUAGAGACGGGAGAUCAAGCGCUGGCGACACGGGCGGCAGCGAAGUAAGCACAGUCGAGCUGCUGCAUCUGCAACAACAGCAGGCCCUACAAGCAGCAAGGCAAUUACUCUUGCAGCAGUCAGGCUGUGGCCUGAAAUCUCCAAAGAGCCAGGACAAGCAGCGUCCACUGCAGGUUCCAGUCUCAGUGGCCAUGAUGAGUCCUCAGGUGAUCACGCCACAGCAGAUGCAGCAGAUCCUCCAGCAGCAGGUGCUCUCCCCGCAGCAGCUCCAGGCCCUUCUCCAGCAGCAGCAGGCGGUCAUGUUGCAGCAGCAACACCUGCAGGAGUUUUAUAAGAAACAGCAGGAGCAGCUUCACCUCCAGCUUCUCCAGCAGCAACACCCUGGCAAACAAGCGAAAGAGCAACAACAGCAGCAGCAGCAGCAGCAGCAGCUGGCCGCCCAGCAGCUCGUCUUCCAGCAGCAGCUCCUGCAGAUGCAGCAGCUCCAGCAGCAGCAACACCUGCUCAACAUGCAGCGGCAGGGCCUGCUCUCGCUGCCCGGGCCCGCCCCAGGCCAGGCCGCCCUGCCCGGACAAACUCUGCCCCCGCAAGCCGGCUUGAGCCCAGCAGAGCUCCAGCAACUGUGGAAGGACGUGACCGGGGGCGGCGGAGGCGGAGGUGGCGGCGGCCACGCCGGCCACACCAUGGAGGACAACGGGAUCAAACACGUCGGCGGCGGCAACAACACGGGCACGGGCGGCACCGGCGGCCUGGACCUCUCCACCAACAACCACAACAGCAGCAGUAACUCUUCGUCAACUACCUCCUCCUCCAAUCCCCCGAAAGCGUCACCGCCCAUCUCGCACCAUUCCAUCGCCAACGGACAGUCCCCGGUUCUCAACCACAGACGAGAGAGGGAGCGGGAACGGGAGCGAGAGAGUUCGCAGCAUGAAGAAAACGGAGGCUCCCAUCCCUUGUACGGCCACGGGGUGUGCAAGUGGCCCGGCUGCGAGAGCAUCUGUGAGGACUUUGGACAGUUUUUGAAGCACCUAAACAACGAGCACGCCCUGGAUGACCGGAGCACCGCCCAGUGUCGGGUGCAGAUGCAGGUGGUGCAGCAGCUGGAAAUCCAACUUUCGAAAGAACGCGAGCGUCUUCAGGCCAUGAUGACCCACUUGCACAUGCGGCCCUCCGAACCCAAGUCAUCUCCCAAACCACUCAACUUGGUGUCCAGCGUUACCAUGUCCAAAAACCUGCCCUCGGCGUCCCCCCCCAAUUUACCGCAGACGCCAACCACGCCCACGGCGCCCAUCACCCCCAUGGCGGCAAUGCCCCAGGUCCCCUCGGUACUAGGGGGCGCCAACGUGCCCAGCAUGGGAGCCAUGCGGCGACGUCACUCGGACAAAUACUCGAUGCCUCUCUCGUCGGGUGGUGACACAGUAUUUAUUUUUCCAGAGAUCGCCCCAAACUACGAGUUUUAUAAGAACGCCGACGUCAGGCCGCCGUUUACUUACGCAACCCUCAUAAGGCAGGCGAUUAUGGACUCGUCCGACAUGCAGUUAACGCUGAAUGAAAUCUACAGCUGGUUUACGCGCACGUUCGCGUACUUCAGACGCAACGCUGCGACUUGGAAGAACGCCGUGCGCCACAACCUCAGCCUGCACAAGUGCUUUGUGCGCGUGGAGAACGUGAAAGGCGCCGUUUGGACGGUGGACGAGGUGGAGUACCAGAAACGUCGGUCGCAGAAGAUCACGGGAAGCCCCUCACUCGUCAAGAACCUGCCCUCCAAUCUGGGAUACGGAUCAGCACUAAACGCCAGUCUCCAGGCCGCCCUGGCAGAGACCACCCUGCCUCUGUUGGGGACCCCGGGCCUAAUGAACAGCGGCUCGAUGGGCGGCUGCCACGGCCUCCUGGGCGGCGACCCCUCCGGACUGAUGGGCGGGAGCCCGCCGGGCCUGCUGGGCGGCAGCCCGCCGGGCCUCCUCGGCAUCAGUCCCCCCGGCACGCUGAGCUGUAGCCCGCCCACCCUCUUGCAGUCCGCCCACGACGACCUCAACGGCUCGCUGGACCACCUGGACACCAACGGACACGGCAGCCCCGGGUACUCCCCGCCCGGUCACAUGCCGCCCGUGCACGUCAAGGAGGAGCCCCCUAACAUGGACGACGACGACUGUCCCAUGUCGCUGGUGACGACGGCCAAUCACAGUCCAGAGCUGGAUGACGACCGGGAGCUGGAGGAAGGGAACUUAUCAGAAGACCUAGAGUGAUUUUCUCCUCUUUUUUUUUUCUAUCCCUCAGUGUUUUUUUUUUUUUUUUUUUUUCCUUUUCCUCCAAGGCUAGACUUUGAACAGAACCACUUCACAAAGUUCACGCAACACCCCCUACCCCCACCCCACCCCCUUUCUCACCACUGGGACUAUUUAUUGAGCAUGCAUCCGCCGGACGCUCCGAAGGAACUCUCUGCUGCAGCCCUUCGGGAUCGCCAACGCUAACAUGUCAGGGCAUGAGAUGCCAUUUUGGGGAAGAAAAAAAAAAACAUAUUUGAUCCAAGAUGGCUACUAAGGAUGAUGGACUCGUGGAUGGAUAUAAGGAGGUAGGACACAAAUGAGCGAACUCCCGUCGUAUUCUGCCAAAAUGAAAAAAAAAAGAAAAAAAUAUCGGAUCAUUUGGUUUGUGAAUAAGCAGAGCCACAGUAGUUGUUGAUGUUUAGAGACCGGUUCAAAUCCAGUCUGUUGUUCCACCGCUUGUGCGUCGCUAUGAUAUUUUUUUUUUUGUUCUGUUAUCCCGUCAUUUUGUCUUUCUGUUCGACUCCGAGCCGUUUCCGCGUCUCAUGCCCGCCCGCCGCCAACUGUAAAUGCCAUGAAGAGAGUACCGAGGGAUCCAAAACCGAAACGUGAGACCGCAAAGCGCCGCGACGACCGAACCCGCCGUCCCCUCCUUUGACCCUCCCACCGUCCGAAAGCUUUGUCUACCCCGCAAGCAGUCACAGGCAACAGCUAGAAACCAAAGCCCGACGCUCGCUUACCGACAAGACGACGCCAAACUUCAGCUACUCUGACCAAGAAAGAAGCUUUCGUUCCGCAGAAACUACCUUCGACCAACCUCUGGGAUUGUUUCCUUUUUAAGGCCUCCUGAGAAACGCUCCGUGGAGAUCUUUCUAGCGCGCGUACCGCUGGUUUGAAACUUAUUUAAAAAAAAAUAGUAAAAAUUCAAAAAAAAAAUAAGAAUAAGAAAAAGCUGGAGGCCAGAGAGGAGCUAAAUAAUCAAAGCGGAUCAUGACCAAAACAAGGAACGUGUAGAAGUGCAGAUUCAUUUUGUCUUUUUUUUUUUUUUUUAUUUGUUGUCUUUAAUUUAACCAAGUUUGUCAAGUUCUCAACGGCACUGUCACGUCACCAAUGAAACCACGGACGAACCAAACAGGAGUAAAUAAAUAGCAAAGCCAAAUAGUAUCCAAGUGGAAAAUGGAUGCGGGCACGGUGACCACAAAAGCAGGAAAAAUACGACUACUUCUACCAAUAACGUCAAGAUGAUAAUAAUAAUAAUAAUAAUAGCCAUGUUAGAAUGGGGAAAGGGAAGCAUUUUUGGGUUAUGUUUGCUAUCUGUCUCUUCGAUAUUUAGGUUGGAUGGACGGAUGGGCGCCCUUUCGUUUCGUCCCGCCGAAAUUGUCGCUUUAAUUAAAAUGCUCAUUUCUGUUGUCAGGAAACCAAAGUUACACAAAAUUCUGCCUCUGCGUGCAUGGGAUUUUUUAUUUUUAUUUUUUUAAGUGAUCUCAUGAGAAUUUUAGUAGGAUUUGAUCCAAAAUUGAUGAUACCAUGUUAUAAAUGAUUAUCACAUUGUUAUUACUAUCGUUAUAGUUUAAAAUUCAUGAUUAUGUUCAGUCUGUUUAUUUUUGUAUGAAGUUUUGGUGGGGUUUUUUUUCUCGCUCUACAAGAUUCUCAUGAGAUGAUGGUUACGUGAACGUAGAACCAGUUUGCAAUCUGCUAUCAUAUAGAUUUAAAAAAAUAAUAAAAAUAAAAUCAAAUGCUGGGAAUAAACGCACGCUGUCAAGGAAACCGGUGCUAUGGCAACAUGUCGGUUUCUGUAUUUCAUGGCAAAAAGUGAUCUCAUGAGAAUUUUAGUAGGAUUUGGUACAAAAUUGACUAUACCAUGUUAUACAUGAUUAUUACAUUGUUAUUACUAUCGUUAUUAUAAUUAUUUACAAUUCAGUCUGAACGU